CCCGGGACACACAAAAGGCAUGCGSUGGAUCCACCAUGGGAGGCCGGGGCAGGCAAGAGGCCCAAGAGGGACUCUGCAACCUGACUCUGAAGUUUGAGGAGCGAGAUAACUUGGUGGGGGAAGAAAAGUUUGAUGUGCACCCUUGCAAGCCAUGGAUUGCUUCUGUCUCUGCUGGAAAACCACCAACCCUUGCAGUGUGGAAUUAUGCAGAUGGGCGGCAGGCUGCCAUCCCCGUGCCUCAUGCUAGCACCAUCUUCGGAGCAAAAUUCCUGGGCCAGACAGAUCGGCUGGUGGUCCCUGUCGGAGCUAUGUUGUAUGUUUAUGAGAUUUUGCAUUUUUGCGACUUCCAGAUGAAGAAAAUAAAACGAGUUGGUGAUUGGUGUCUUCAUACGGAUUUGAACCAUUGGACUGUACAUUCGAGUGCCCAAUGUUUCUUGUUCUAUCAGCACGAAACUCAGAUAAUCUACUUUUGGGACUUAACCAAUGGUUGGCAUGAACGACAAGGAAUCAGUAAAGAGGAAGUGACCAUGGUGUGCUUUCACCCUCUGGAAUCACACACUUUUGCGACYGCACAUAAGAACUGGACUAUCAACGUGUGGAAUGCUGAUACUGAGAACAUGGUAAUUCUCCAAACAUUGGAAGCUGAGAGCAAAGUUACUUCUGUACGAUUCUGCACAAAACCCCAGAAGUCACUUCUCAUCGCGGGCAAUGAAUCCGGCAAGCUACAGGUGUGGGAAUAUGGGAGGAGAAAAUGCCGGACCACUCUGGAUGCACAUGAACACGUUGUUGUGCAUGCUUUCUUUCAUCCACACUUGCCCUGCAUUUUGAGCGCGUCUGAGGAGGGAACCAUCAAGGUCUGGGACGAUUCAAAUUACCAGUUAAUAAAAACGCUUUGCAGMAGCCUUGAGGGAUUGCCACGCAGCGUUCUCUGUAGGACAGACAGCAUGCUUGUGCUUCCAUGCAAGGAAAAAAUGUGUUUUAUGACGAUCGAAGGUGACAAAAGACUCCAAUUUGAGAAAACMGAUGCACCGGGGAUAAAGCAAUUGGAGAGGGAGCUGAGGACUGUGAGGGAGGAGCAAAGGGCGCUGGAAGAGGGAUUUGAGRCUCAGAGUGAGAGGCAAACAGAUGCACAAAGCGUAAAGGAGUUGGAGAAUGAGCUAAGCAAUGUGAAAACGGAGAGGCAGGCACAAGGAGAGAGAUUUGAGGCAUUUAAAUUGGAGCAGGAGGGGAGGGGUCCGAGGGGAAUUACGCACUCAGAGAGGGUGAAGCAGUUGGAGAAMGAAAACUUCAAUCUCUUUGCCGAGACAGUGACACUCAAAGAGAGAUUAGAAAAAUCAAAGGCCGAGGUUAAAAAUUUGGAAUGCAGGUUGGAGAUGGAAAGAGGUGCAGUGGAGGGAUUGAAGACUGUGAGGGCAGAGAAGAGGGCACUUGAGGACGAAUUUGGGAAAGAGAGGCGAACACAUGUACAAAGGGUAAAGGAGUUUGAGACGGAGCUCGACAAUGUAAGGACGGAGAGGCGGGCAUUAGGAGAGAGAUUUGAGAGAUUUCAAACGGAGCAUGAGAGGGCAAAAGGAUUGCACUCGGAACUUGUCAAGCAGUUUGAGGACAAAACAGCAAAUCUGUCGGCCGAAAGGGACGCACUCAGASAGAGAGUGGAGAAAUUGAGCAUGAGGGUUCAAGAGUUGGAGUGCAGGUUGGAGCYCGAAGGAGGUGAAGGUGAGCGAUUGGAAAGGUCUGAUGGAKUGCGAAAGGGGGUUCCAAAAGUGGACAUUAAUUCAUUCAGAGAGUAUUCCCUGGACGAACUGAAGACUGYCACACGUGACUUCAAUGAUGAUUGCAAACUUCACGAGCAACAUUACGGACACAUUUAUACAGGAAGGAUCACAUCCGUUUUGAUAAAGAGACUCGAGUAUGGCAAUGCCAUGACACAGAAUCAGCAAGCUCAAUUGACGAGGGAGCUUGUGGAGCUAUUGAAGUCUCUUCGACACCCGUACCUGCAGACCUUGCUUGGAGUGUGCUACAUACRAAAUUGUCUUGUGUACGAACACAUGGCCAAUGGAAGUGUCAAAGACCUGAUCUCCUCCUCAGAAAGGUCACAAAGAGGCUUCCUCCCGUGGUACAACAGGUUGCGCAUAAUUGCUCAGAUAGCCCAAGGCUUGUCAUUUCUUCACUCCAACCAGUCAUUGAGAGGUGGUCCCAUCGUUCACUGCACCAUCAAGCCAGAAAACAUCUACUUGGAUGGUAAAUUUGUCCCCAAAAUAACAGAGGUGGACAUGGCCUUGCUUGCCCCACUGCUUACUGAAGACGGUGAUACACAUGAUACACAUAUGCUCCCAGUACGUGAUGCAAAGUACCUGGCCCCAGAGUUUUUUCAUACUGAGGUCUUCACUCAGCAGACGGAUGUUUACGCAUUCGGGAUCACAAUCCUCGAGAUCCUCACCGGAAAGUUCAGGAAUGCAUUUGGAAUCAUGGAAGAGGCUGUGGAAGAUGUGGAAGCAUUYAGAAGGGUCCUGGACCCAAACGCAGGAAGUUGGGACGUGGAUCUGGCCCUGGAAACAGCGCAAGUGGGUGUGAGAUGUGCAAAUCCGAACAGACAUCACUGGCCAAGCAUGAUGACUGGUGAAGGUGCCAUUCUGCCUGCGCUGGAGAGUAUAGCUCAUAUGACGUGAUUGAGGACUUAUGGCGGAUGAACUUUUGGGGGUAAGUGUGCCAUAGUGUU